CAUGGCUGACACUCCAUCAGAGAGCACAGGUCACAUGACCACAGCCCGCUUGAAACAACCUCCGACUGAUCUGAUUGACCUUCUUGGUUUCACUGAUGAUCUCCAAUUGAUCCAUCUUCCCCUGAUACAUAAAGGCGGAGCUUUACCUGCCAUUCUGCAUACACUCCACAAAUCACCUCACUGUACCUGUCAGUUGAAUUACACUUUAUUCAUACAGCCAAACAGGAAGCUUGGGUAAAUGUUACAUCAUCAGAGGGAACUCACCUGUGAGGUUACUGUGGGGACAAAGAUGUCGCCUUCAGGAUUAAAUGACCUCACUUACACUUAGGUCUUAACUGUAAAUGUAGUUCUAUUUUGUGGUAGUCUGACGAGCAAUCGGCAGGUGGAAUACAAAUAAUGAGAUGUCACAGCUUCACGUUUUCUCGCGAGACUUACAGAACACCCAGAAAUAUUCCUGUUACCCGUUUUCAGUCAACUGAUUAACGGCUCACCUGACGUUUUUCUAUUUCGUCACACCGGACCUCAUGUGACGUAACAUCAAGGGAAGUCACGAGGCGGGAACGGUUUCCACGUCUCUUCCUCUUCUUCCCUUUGCCCUCGUGCUCCUUCAUCCCGUCUCCCCAGUACAUGGUGGCCAUGUUCUGGCAUUUCCGGGAGAGUUCAGCCAUUGGUUGAACAUGCGGACCAUCAUAGAGGAGCUGGUGAAGAGGAAUCAUUCUGUCACCAUCUUAGUGCCCGAUGCAUCACCGUCUGUCAACUACAACAACAGCCGCGAUGCCGCCAAGUUUAACUUCCUGGUCUUCAAGGUGUCGUACAGCAGGCAGGAGUAUCUGGACCUCAUACAGGAAUUAAUGCGUUUCUCCAUGUAUGAGGCGCACUUGUCUUCGCCACUGCAGAAGUUCCUAAAGACGGCUUCCUGGAUACUGCACUUCCUGGACUUCGGGAGGCAGCAGUGUGACGGAAUGCUGAGGAACAAGCAGCUGAUGGCGACUCUGCGCCAUGCCAGCUUUGACGUCGUCUUGCAGGACCCGAUGGCAGUGUGUGGUGACCUGGUGGCAGACUUGCUCAGUGUGCCACUCAUCAUCUCAAUGCGCUUCAGCUUCGGCAGUGUUUUUGAGCGACACUGUGGCCACGCCCCCGUACCGCCGUCCUACGUCCCGUUAGCUCCUCUCCCAUUCAACGACCACAUGACACUCGGUGAGAGGCUGAUCAACAUGGUGAUAUAUGUGGGGUCGUCAGCAGUAAGCGAACUGACCUGGAAGCUGACGCUCGAUCAAUACUACAGGGAGAUCAAAGGAACUCCCAGCAGUGUGUGUGAGACUAUAGGGAAGGCCGACGUGUGGCUCAUCAGGACCUUCUGGGACAUCGAGACGCCACGGCCGACCCCACCAAACUUCAAAUACGUGGGCGGUCUACACUGCAAACCGGUUAAUCAGCUGCCAGAGGACCUGGAGGCAUUUGUGCAGAGUUCAGGUGAUGCCGGCAUAAUUGUGGCUUCCUUCGGCUCCAUGGUAACCAACCUGACGAUGCAGCACGCUAACAUCAUCGCCACCGCCUUCGGUCAGAUCCCACAGAAGGUGAUUUGGCGUUACCGUGGCAAGCCUCCAACUGCAUUGGCGCCAAACACGAAGAUUUCUGAUUGGAUCCCUCAGAACGACCUGCUGGGUCACCCAAAGACAAAGGCAUUCGUGACACACGGCGGCACUAACGGUCUGUAUGAAGCCGUGUUUCACGGUGUGCCUCUGGUGGGCGUGCCACUGUUUGGCGAUCAGCCUGACAAUCUCGCCCGUAUGAGCCGCCUCGGCACCGCCAUCGUCCUGGACUUCAACCAUCUGACAGCUGAGGAGCUGGCAGAGGCGCUGCACGUCGUCAUAAACCAGCCAAGCUACAGGACCAACAUGCAGCGUCUGUCAGCGGUGCACCGCGACCAGCCAGUAACGCCACUGAGUACCGCCGUCUUCUGGGUGGAGUUUGUGAUGCGACAUGGUGGAGCUAGGCAUCUGCGGUUGGCAUCAUACGACCUGAACUGGUUCCAGUACCACAGCUUGGACACCGGUGCUGCCCUGCUGGUCGCUUUGAUGACCGUCGCUGCUUUGUGGUGGGUGGGGAUACGCUGCAUCCUGCGGCAGUGCAGACGGCAAGCAGGAAGAGAGAAGAAGGACUGAAGAGAGAUUUCCUGUUUGCACCGUCCUGUUGGUAUUUACAGAGGAGAGUCUAGUAACAAGACUAUGUAUGAAAGAUGGGAAACUUUAUCAACUGACCCUGUUCAAGGCACAAAACAUAGGGAGGAGAAUAUUUAAAUUAACCAAUGACCUGAUUUACAGACCUUUGCAAGACACUAUUUACUGCUGAUUGCAACAAUAUUUAACACAUAAAAACAAACAUGUUUUUUUGUGCCUGAUAUUGAAAUGAACUGACUACGCCAGUGUUUAGUCUGUGUUUAACAGGUUAAACACAGAUUAACUGGUUUCAUCUUCAUUAAGAUUUAAUAUCGAAACUUUUCAGAAUCCCUUUCCAUCACUAAUGGUGUUCCACAGGGAUCCAUCCCUGGACAGAUUUAAUGACUCCUUGGAUACUAGAUAGAAUUUUAUCACAAUGCUGAGCACAUAUCAAUAUAAGUUUUAUGCAGAAACAGUCUAUGUUGAAGCUUCAGUGUUUUUGUUUUUUUUAUUACAAGUGAUUCUUUCCCUGCUCACCUUUGUAUGUAAAAAUCGGGAUGGUCUGCCCUCACAAGCUGAAGAGAGCAGCAUUGUGCAGUCUUUAUGAGUUUACUGCACUGAUUAACCAAUCACAUCCACGUACAGUCAAACACAGUGCUCACAUAAAGCUCUCCUUUUCCACUGGAACAUUUUCAAAGAUUAUAUUUAUGUAUCAGAGGUCACACCUGCACCAGCAUUUCUUAAUCGCUGUAUCUGUGUAUUCUGGCUAUGCAUGUUGAUUGUGCAGAAGUCUCCUUGGACAGAAAGCUCCUGAUCACAGUGAGAAACCUGUAAAACUAAAGGAUGUGGAAAUAAACUGCUGU